AUGGACUUGAAACCAGCCUCAACGGGAGAGGAUUCGUUCAAGUCCCCCGUGGUCGAAGUGGAGGCCGUGGAGGCCGUGGAGGCCAACGCGGACCUCGCAGUGGAUGCCAUGUUCUCCGAUCUGGCAACGGAUAGCGAGGAUUCGGACGGCUGGGACAAUCUCUCGGACUGCGAAGACGCCAUUCAGUUUCUACGCGACGACCAGAUUCGCGACGGACUAGUCCCCGGCGCCUGUACUCUAGAGGAGGCUACGACAUAUCGACAGCGCCUACAUGCGAUCGGAAAGGCCGCUUUUGUGGAGGAGACCAUCGUCCGCGAAACGGUCACGGCCAAGAAACUAUGCACGGCGUUUGGGAUCGUACCCCCGGCGUUCCUCGACGGCGCGCCCGAUGAGGCCUACCACUCUCUUUUGGCGAUCGCGAUCUCGCGCGAGUUCUCCCGACGACCUAAACUUUCCCAGUAUAACACCAUCGACGAUGCGGUGCGACUCCUCCGCGAGUCCCGCAACAUCAUCGUUCUGACCGGCGCCGGUAUCUCGACGAGCCUAGGCAUUCCCGACUUCCGAUCUAAAGAUACCGGUCUCUACUCCAAGCUGGAACAUCUGGGUCUCAGUGACCCCCAGGAAGUCUUUGAUAUUCAGGUUUUCCGGGAGGACCCUAGCAUCUUCUUCUCCAUCGCGAAGGAUAUUCUGCCCACGGAGAAGAAGUGGUCCCCUACCCAUGGAUUCAUUCGACUGCUUCAGGACAAGGGAAAGCUGUUGACCAAUUAUACCCAGAACAUUGAUAACAUCGAAGGAAAUGCCGGGGUACUGCCCGAGAAGAUGGUUCAAUGUCAUGGAUCCUUUGCAACCGCUACUUGUGUGAAAUGCCAAUUCAAGGUCAACGGCGACGCGAUCUUUGGUGAAAUCAAAGAGGGUAAUAUUCCCGAAUGCAGCGCCUGCAAGGAGAGAAUCGCAGAAGAAGCCUUGCAACCGCAGGGACUCAAGCGCAAGCGCAGUUCCAAUGGGCAGCAGAAGGACCGCAAGGUGCCAGACGAUAGCUCCGACGAAGAUGACUAUGAAAUCCCCACCCCUGGCGUCAUGAAGCCUGACAUUACCUUCUUUGGUGAAGAUCUUCCCGAUGAGUUUGGCCAGCGUCUCAUUCACCACGAUCGUGAAUUGGCAGAUCUGGUCAUUGUGAUCGGGACAUCACUGAAGGUAGCCCCUGUGGCGGAAGUACCAGGCAUUCUACCGCGCAACAUCCCACAGAUCUAUAUUUCGCGAACUCCGGUCUCACACACGGAGUUUGAUAUUGAUCUCUUGGGUGACUGUGACGUGGUGGUGUCAGAACUGUCUCGCCGGGCAGGAUGGGAUCUACAGCAUCAUAUGAUUCCUGCCGAUGAGAAGGUGGAUGUUGCCACAGUGGAAGGAUACGAAUCACGACAUGUUUUUAAGGUAGUUGGUGCAUAG